CUCUCUUCAUGUUUAUAUAAACCUUGGGAUCCUCAGUUUCUCAUAGACCCACUUUUCUAUUGACUGCUACUUUUGGCUUGCCUUCAAGCAUCAUCACCUCUCUCACCCUCUGUCUCUUCCAUCACUGUCUUCAAAGCUUGCAUUUUUAUUUGUAUCUUUUUCAGAUCCAAAACUGCUUCCCUACAUGGCAGCCUUUUCAUUCCAGCCUCACCGUUUUCUUCUGGACUCCAUUUUCUUGCCAAACACUCCCACCAAAGUUUCUGGCUUUAUGGAGGAAGGAAACAUCAGGUCCAAUUGUUUCUCUCAAUUUUACCCACCUGAGCCUGUCCUGGAGUCCCCUCUUGACCCUAAGUUCCAUGAAAGUAGCUGUCUUGAUCACAGUUCAAAGGUUGCUCAUAGUGAUAAUGAGCCAUCUGUUACUAAAAAACAGAGCACAGAUGACUCCACUGUGGUGGAUAAGCUUGAAAGUGGUGAGCAAGUCACUCAGAAUGUGACUCUCACAGACAGGAAAAGGAGGACCCGAAAUGGAACUACCUUGAAUUCUGCUCAACAUAAGGAUGCAAAAGAAGGGAAAACCAAGAAGCAAAAGAAGUGCAAUGAUGCACCGGAAAAUGAAAAGAAAGAUCAAAAGAAAGCCCCUCAAGAGCCUCCAACAGGCUAUAUUCAUGUAAGAGCCAGGAGAGGUCAAGCAACAGACAGCCACAGUCUAGCAGAAAGGGUAAGAAGAGAGAAAAUCAGUGAGAGGAUGAAGACAUUGCAACGUCUUGUUCCAGGGUGUGACAAGGUAACUGGAAAGGCCCUUAUGUUGGAUGAAAUUAUCAAUUAUGUUCAGUCCCUGCAAAAUCAAGUUGAGUUUCUGUCAAUGAAGCUUGCUUCUGUGAAUCCCAUGUUCUAUGACUUCGGAGUGGACCUGGAAGCAUUGAUGGUCGGACCAGAGACAGUGAACCGUGUAGCAUCACCACUGCCAUCUCUGCAACAAUGCAACCCCACUCAUCCUGCAGCUUUUGUUGAUAUAACCACCGCCACCUUUGCCCCAGCUCAUAACUAUCCCCUUCUGGAUGCUUCAGCAGCACUUUUACUUCAGCAGGGGCAAAGGCCCAAUGUCUUCUCUCAGCCUCAGGAUAAUGGUAGCCUAUUGUGGGAUGUGGAGGACCAAAGACAAAAAUUUCUCAGUUCAACUGGGCUCAAUGACAACUUAUGUUCUUUCCAUUAAUAUUAAUGCAGAGAGCUGCCCUACAAACAUCUGCUUAUCUUGCAAAGAGGGACAUAACAAAACUAAUAAAAAACUAGAGAAAAAAAAAAAGGAAACCACCAGGAAAAGAAGAAUCAAAACAAUCUUCUCUUUUUCUAGUACCAGCCAAGUUCCAAGUGCAACUAAGUGAAGCAGCAUCUGAACAUGAAUAAAGGGCAGCAACAUCAAUGGAGGAAGAGCACAAAGGACAGAUAUAACCGACCAAAUAAAACCAGAUCUUUUUGUAGAUCCCUUGUUCCUGUCUAUUUUGACUCCCCAAGUCUCACAUGCACAAAUUCCUAGACCCUACGCUGUUUACUGUUUUGCCUAAAAAAAAAAAGAACCUUUAAUUUUUUGUGUAGUAAAAAUAUUUUGUAAUAUAAAAAUCGACCUUAUAUUGUCUCUUUCCUGUUGUUACAGUUAUUCUGUUAUUACAGUUAUUGUUACUGCUGUCAUAUUUUUUCCA